AUGGCAUCAUAUACAUUCAAGGAGCUUGAUCGCUUACGAAUGCCACUGGAAGAAAUAGUAAAAGUCACGAAUAACUUUGCGGAUGAAAACAUCAUCGGGAAAGGUGGUUUGGGUAACGUUUACAAAGGGUGGCUCAUGCGCGAUGGGGAGUGGCAGAGUGUUUCUGCGCGAAGGUUUGAUAGUACGGAUGGGCGGCGGGGAGGAGAAAACAUUGAGUUCUUGACCGAGAUCACUACGCUUUCUAGUCUGCUCAAGCAUGAAAAUGAUCAUUUCGUCCCUGUAGUUGGGUUCUGCGAGGAGGGAGGUGAAAAGAUCAUCGUAAGCCGCUAUCAAGCCAACGGAAGUCUAAUGAUGCAUUUAAGCGACCCGGCAUCCUUCACAUGGUUUAAAAGGGUCGAGUCAUCAGUGCAAGUUGCCAAAGCAAUAUGCUACCUCCAUAGUGGGACGUCGGAUAGCCGUCACAAGGACACAAUGCGUAGAUUCGAAAACGGAAUUACGGUGGAAUCUUUUAAUGCCUACUUAGCCAUCAAACCGUCACGGCUUGAUACACUUACCAUACUGAUUAGCCAUCCAAUCGUCACAGACCCCAACCUGACACAACCUGACCCAGACCCAAGCUGA